UGACAGCAAAAUGGCAGCGGAAGGCUUGCGUCAAUGUCUGCUGCUAUGGAGCGUCGACUAUUGGAAUCUAGAAGUUAUGGCUGACAGUGCUUUCAAGUCGCGUGACAUUGGCUUGCGUGCCCAGAAGAAGAUCCUCUCGCGCAUGGCCACCAAGAAUAUAGCGAAAACCUUUAUUGACGGCACAACAGCAUCGCUUCUUGAUAAUUUAUAUCGCCUUUGUAAAAUGCAUACGGGCAACAAAGUUAAAGCGGAGAAGCUGAUAAAAAAUAUAAUAAAAAUUGUUAUCAAAAUUGGUGUCCUACAUCGAAAUAAUCAAUUCAGUGCCGACGAACUGAAGGAUGCGGAAGUCUUUAAGCGGAAGUUUCAAAAUACACAACUCGCCGUGAUUUCCUUCUAUGAAGUAGAUUACAGUUUCGACCUGCCGUAUCUGCAAAAGUCUAUUGCUGAAUCACAUGCCGCCCUCAAGUCAAUUGUUCAACGACAUCUCACCGAAAAGUCAYUAAAUCGCAUCGAUGAAGUCUUUAACUUUUUCGGUGAUACCGCACUCUUAGAGACCGCCUUCAAACCCAAUUCGCCAUAUCGCGAAUUAAUGGGYAAAAUUGUCAGCGACAUAAAUACUGCCAUGGAAGCGGGAGACAUGUAAGUAAGCGUGUGCGCCGUAUGUGUGCAACACAAAUUUGUAUUAUGGACACUUUGACACGCUUACACACUCAACUCCUCGUCUUGUCUCGUCUCGUCCAAAGGACUGCAAAGUACUUUAAUCGUGGCGGCAAAAAGCGAAAAUGUGAACGCAAAUGAAAGGCUUAAAUGGAAUUUAGGUCAUUAGUAUGGAACAAGAAACCAAAAAUAAUAUAUAUAAUAACAAUAAAAUAAAUUACAGCACUUUUAUCGAAUACGCUUGUCUUAAAUAUUAUAAAAAAAAAGAAAAAAAAACAUAAAAAAAUAAUGAUGAACGUUAUGCUAAAUAUAUUCACGCUAACAAAUAAUAACAGAUGUGACAGGCGUUAUUGAUGUAUUUAUGUAUUUAUUUAUGAAUUAUAAUGGCGUUGAUUAUGUCAUUGCCGAUAAUUGUGUUAUGAUAAUACGAAUAUUUUUGAUGCUAUUGAUUGAGCAUUCUAAUGUUAACAGCGUUAUUGAUAAAUUCUAUCGAUAACAAUGAUAAUAAUAUUUAUUAUAAGCUAGUAAAUAUGAAACAAGCAAACAAAAAAAUAAUUUUUGAACGAUUAUUUUUCUAUGGUGAUAUUAAAUAAAUAAAUAAMUAAAAAACAACUAGCACAUAAAAUGAAAUGAAGACAACAACAAGGAAUAUGCACAAGUGCUAAACUAUUGGUACAUAUUGAAAAGAAAGCAUUUAAAGACAACAAAGCGCAAAUGUACAACGUAAAUAAUAUUAUCGUUUAUUUUAGUGCGAAUAUUUUGAUUAAAAAAUGUAAUAAUUUUGAAGGACUUGAAAUAUAUAUAUUUUUUUUUAUUUACUAAAAUGCGAUACAGAAUUAAAAUACUUUCGGUUAAGUUGCAAGAAGUUCCUUAAAUAUCCAUUCAUUAACAUAAAUAAUUUGUUUCAAUCAGCGAAGAUCGAAAUUUGUCAAUUAUUAAUAUUAUCAUUAAUAUUGCUUUCGCGUUACCUACGUAUUAUAACCUAACCACUCAAAUUAAACGAAAAUAUUAUUCAUGYGUACAAUGGAAUUGCAAUAACAUUUUGGCGUCCUGUUCGUUUAUUGAUUGUUGUAUCAAAUGUAUUGUUAUUAUGUAGACUAAGCAGAAAGUUUAAGAAGCUAAAAUAAAAAAUAAAAAAACAAAUCGUAAUGCAUUCACAGGUUGCAAAGUUGCACAAAUUUAACAACAACAAAAAAGACAAAGUUCUGAAAAACUAAGUAAAAAAUAAUAAAAGCAAAACUUUUAUCUAAAUUAACUACUAUACAUAUGUAUUAGGUACRCAUGUGUGUACAUAGUUUCAAUACUAUUUUUAUACUACGACAUAUGUACAAGUCAAUGCAACUGAAAAUUAAAAUGAAAAUGAAAACUCUGCAAAAGCUCAAUUAUUGUCUGAGCAUUAGGGACUUUUUCAACGUAGUAAAGACUCAUUACACGGCAAAAAAUUUAAACUAAAAAUUUACCAUAAAAAUAUGUAAUUAUAUACGUUUGUAAACUACUAUGCUAGUGUAUAUGUAACUAUGUAUUUUAAAGGACUACGCAAAUUAUAAUAUCAAUUUUKUAUUUUCUAUACUAAAUGACUAAAUAUGAGUUAACUAAACUAAACUUAACUAAUAUUAAGAGUUUUCGAGCUAACAAAUUGAGCCUUUUGCGCGUUAUAAGCAUUAUAUUGAAAGAACGUUACCAAUAAUGCCACUGACUAUUGAAACUUCGUGGCUUUCGUGAAGUAUUUACUACGCUAAAUUAAAAACUCUUAAAAUAAAAAAUAAAAUAUUUGGCUGCAUAAGUAURUGUAUUUAAAAUAUUCGAAGCACCUUUUAAAACAUUGCAAGGCUAAUGUACUUAAUUAAUGAAGUUGAAAUAGAUACAACUGCGCCGAUCAAWCAUUGAUCUCGUAUGAAAGCCAAGGAUUUUAGGCUCAGCUUAUUACAAAGACAUUUUCUCAGCCAUACAAUUUAUUAAAGCGCUGGCAAAUACUACUAUAAUAAUAAUUUAGCUGAAAUCUGAAAUGCUUAGCAGAGUAAUGCAUUUAAAAAAAAAAAUUCAAUGGCAUUCACAAAAAAGUAACAUGACGUUAGAGCAAUAAAUCGAGACAUUUUAGAGUUUGUUUUUACAUUGAUAUUCGUAAACAAAAAUUAAAAAAUAACGUUGUACGGAAGUGAAAUUAUGUGUAUAUAAUUUUUUUUUUUUAACUCGGUAAUUGAACUUCAAAUGUAAUUCUUGAUUUUUCUCGUUCUCAAAUUGAAUUUUKCAUUAUUUACGUGGAAAAACUUGUAUUUGGAAUCUAUAGUACUUUAUUGGUCUUUAAUAUUUCCUUUUUUCCAAUAUACGCUAUGUGUAGUUCUAUUAUUAAAAGCAAUGCAUCACAUUCCAUGAGCUUAUGCAAGCUAAGGUAUAGAAUUUUCGUUAAUUGCACAUAUAAACACUUAAUGUUUCCAUAUC